UCUCACACAUUCUAGAGAGAGAAAAUAUUAGGGUUGGCCAUUCUCCCUCGUUCCGCACCGCCGCUCGCUGCUUCCCGAUUUUCUCUGGCGACGUCUAUUUGAGGUCAGUUCCACUGCUCUGCUCCUUCCAUGUCUGUUGAGUCUUCCUCCCUCCGUAUGUCCAAAGCCGAGCAUGGGCUCCGGCUCGGGAGUCAGGGCUCCGUACACCAGGACGACCAAGCGGAGCAGCCGGGUUCCCCAUUUAUUGAUGAGAUCGCGGCUGUAGAGGUGCCCGGGGAAACUGAGCCCCGCCUCCAGAAGCGCACCUUGCUCGUGGACUCGCUCAUCCGCGAGUGCAAGUGCGACUUGUCGGGUGACGAGUUCCUCAAGGCGGUGCGCUACGCCGGCCCCCUUGUCAUCGUCCGUCGCCCUACCUCGGAGGAAUCAGUCUUCGACACUCCUCCGGGUUACUUCGCCAUCCAUCUCAAGUCUCUUGAGAACGGCUUCCGCUUCCCCCUCGAGUCCCUGGUCAUCGACUUUUUCAAGCACUUUGACUUCCUCCCGUGCCAAUUGGUGUCGAACUCGCACCGGUACUUGGCGGGGUUCUUGAUCCGCUGUCGGGAGAUGGGCGUGCGGGCCGACCUUGAGCGCCUAUUGACCCUAUUCCGAGUGGCGAAGUCCUCCGGGUCGGAUGGGGGUUCUUUCGCCGCCCUCUGUGAAAUCAUGAUUUCCGCGGCCGACCGAAAGAAGCUGUUCAAAUCUAAGCCGCGCGCGGAGUCUAGCCAAGCUCGGCCUCCGCUCCCAACUCCCACACCGUCCGCCGAGUGCACCCAGCCGAACAAGAAACGCAAGGACGUGUGCUCUGCGCGGGAGGCGGCCUCGUUGAGCGGGAUGAAGUCCCCAUCUUCGCGCUCAGUGGACUGUGGGAACCCGACCUUCGUGAAAGUGGCGUUUCCCCCCAAGCCUUCGUUCUUGCACGGGGACUACGAGCCUCGCCGUUUCCUGCAGAGCUUCAUCCCUCCACCGGACCGAAUCGAGAUUUGUUCGGCCGCCACGGAGGACCUCGCCUCCACACUCAUGCUCGAACUGGGCUCGGCGGCCAUGCGCGUCCCGGAGCUGGUGGAGCGCUGGGAGUGGUAUGUGGCGGAUAAGGUCAAGGGCGAAGAGGAGCUUCAAAGGCUGCAGGGGCACGUGGCCGACCUAGAGGGGAAGCUCGCCGAGGCGGAGGAGCGGGCUCGGGCUUCGAAGCAGGCUUGCAUCGCUGCUGAGGAGAAAGCGCGCCGCACCGAGGAAGACAGCAAGCACGCGAUCGAGGCCUUCCAGGCUUCCUCGGCGUUCGAGGAGGCGGCUCUCUCCCGCAUGGACGAUCUCUUGAAGUCCUAGGCUAAAACUCCCGAAGGCAAGCGUCUUCUCCUUAAAGAGGGGCAGGCCAACUACUCCCCGGGCCAGCACCGAGCUCAGGAAGUCUUGCUAGAGCGGAUCAGAGAGGGCAAGGAACUCCCGAAGCCGUGCGAGGACCCUAAGG